UCAACACUACUCGGUAGAGGAGUGUUUUGGCGCCAAAAGAGGCGGAGAUCAACGCCAAGAAGCAAUUGUGUUUUAAAAUUAACUUUAUACUUGACCGACAGACAUGAGCUUCUCGCGCAGUGACCUGCGCUAUGCGCACACCAACGGCUACACGGGUCUCCUGUACACACCCCGCGGCGAGUUCAUCAUCACGUGCGGCACAGACGGAGACAUUCGUCACUGGACUUGCAUCAGUGACGAUGACCCCCGGUCCAGUUGCCUGGGCGAGUUCGUCAUGUGCAUCGCCCACACGGGCUCCCGACUGCUGGCCUCCACGGAUCGCAACACGGUGCACGCCUACACCUUUCCCGAGAUGGACAGCGACGGCAUACUCAUGCGGUUCACGGCUCCGGCAACGUGCCUCAAGGUUGCCGGGGGCUACACGGCCGCCGGCAGCGAGGACACCACCAUUAAGGUGGUCAAGGGAGAGGCAGCUGGCAACGAAACGGUUCUGGAGGGGCACACGGGACCGGUCUUGGCCCUGGAUAUGCACGCGGAGCGAAAACUCCUGGUUUCCUCGGCUGGAGACGGUCAUCUGAAGGUCUGGAACUUUGAGGAGGGCAAGGAACUGAAGAGCAUUGGUGGUCUGCCCAAAGUUAACAGUUUUGAGGCCGCCAGUCUCUAUGGCACGCCCCAUUUCGAACCGCUCAGGGGCGAAUUUCUGGCCUACGCCGUGGACAACGAGAUUGUGGUUCUAAACACGGCCAACUGGGAGGUGGCCUUCAAGCUGCGCGACGACUUGGUGUCAAGCAACUACAGUUGCUGCCAGUUCUCGCCCAAUGGUGAACGCCUGGCAGCGGGGACAACCAAGGGCGAGGUAAGCAUCUUCGAUGUCAAGAAGCGUAAGGCCUUGCCAGUGGAGAUGCCGCCCAAUGACUGCAAUGCCAUAACGUGCCUGGCCUGGAAUCGUUCUGGAGAGGAGGAGGUGGCCUUUUGCGAUGCCACCGGCCAGCUGGGGACCGUAUUCCUCAGCGAUGCACCCGAGGCUGGUGGUGCGGAGCCACUGGAGGACCAACAGGCCGAGCUUUUGGGCGAUGACUUUGAGUUUGAGGGUGACCAGGACUUGGAAGCCGCUGCCAAUGACGGCGAUGGUGUUAGCCUGGAGCAGCUGAAACGCAAGGUGAUGAGCUUUGCUGAUUCCGUAGAUGUCGAUGAGACCUCGAACCAAUCCCUGGCCAGCAGCAGCAGAACUGCUCCAGCUCCGGCUGCUCCCCAAAUCAAGCUUUUUAAGCAGCAAACGGCCUUCCAGCCCGGCGCCACGCCCAGUGAUCUGGAGCACCGCUAUAUGGCUUGGAACGAUGUGGGCAUUGUUACCGCCCACGUAGAACCCUCUGGCGAUGGGUCCAUCGACGUGGAGUUCCACGACGCCAGCAUCCACCAUGCCCUGCAUAUCAGCAACUACAAUCAACACAAUUUGGCUAGCGUGAGUAGAGGAGCUUUGGCACUGGCCUCAAACGAGACCAGCAAGCUGGUGGUGAUUGCUUUGGCCGCCGCCGGAAACAAGGAGUGGUCACUCAGCCUUCCGGACUGCGAAAGUGUGGACGCGCUUGUGGCCACUAGUCAUUUGGUGGCCGUGGCGACAAGCUCGAGUUUUCUGCGCAUAUUCAGCGUUAUGGGCACCCAGCGCGAAGUGCUAACCAUUCCAGGACCUGUGGUGGCUCUCUCCGGACACGAACACAGCCUGAUGGUGGUUUACCACAAUUCAGCGCCCAGCCAGACGCAGCAGCAUCUCUCCGCCAUGCUGGUCAACACAAACGGCCUGAAUUUGCGUCUGGAGUAUGUGCCAGUGCCGUUGACUCCGGGAAGACAGCUUGUCUGGCUGGGCUACAGCGACGCAGGAUCGCCGAGCAUCGCCGACAACAUGGGUCUCCUGCAGCUGUACCGCCGGAGCAGCAACGCCUGGUUCCCCAUUUGCGAUACCAUGAAGCAGAGCACCAGUGUGUCGCACAACUACUUCGUGGUGGCUGUUUCCGAGCUCCGCCAGAUAGUGCAGGCGGUGUUGUGCCGCGGCACUUCGUAUCCCAUGACCAACCCACGGCCCAUGCUCCAGGAGCUCCGUAUGCAGAUCCCGCUGUGCGACAUCGACGUGGAGAAGUCCGAGUUGGAGGAUGCCCUGCUUCGUUCGAGUCUGAUGCAGGUGGAGGGUGCAGAGAAGAUGCAAAAGGAGACGGCCAUCAAGCUGUUCGCCUUGGCCUGCAGCAGUGAGUGCGAGACGCGGGCUCGGGAGCUAAUAGAAUCGAUUGCUUGCACCGAUCUGCUCCAACUGGCGGUAAAAUAUGCCACCAAGCGCGGACGCAUCCACCUGUCCGAUCGCCUGUGCGAGUUGCUGCCGCAACUGGAGGCUGUCCAGGAGGCUCGCAAGCAACAGACUUUGUUGGGAGCCAGUGGCAUUGCUGCGACCAUUGUCCUUCCCAUGACGCCCACAUCUGCCUCGCAGAGUGGUCCUAAGCCCAAGACCAUCGAGCUGAGCUCGGCCAAGCGGGGAACCUUAAAGAGAUUAGCCAACUCACCAAAUAUUUUUAAAUCAGCUUCGGCGGCAUCUCGUCCCUCGACUCCGGAUAUUCCACCCUCUCCGCUGGAUACCCAGGAGAAUAUAUUCGGCGAGUCCGAGUCCGAGGUUCCCAUGGGUAAAACCCCGGACUCCAGGACUCUUCUGAACUCAGUUAAUCCGUUCGCCAUGAAGCGCAAACUGGGCGACACUGGAGUUAUUUUUGGAUCCGAAAAGCUUAAAUUGGCCAAGAAAUAGUUAUUUUUAGAUAGAUAGUUAGGUUUAAGUCCUAUAUCCUUAAUAAAUAAAAAAAAAAAUUUA